AUGAGCUCCAUGUCUACUGCAGACCAGCAGGUCUGGAAAAAGGUGCUCGCUGCGAAGAACAAGAACAUGAGCUUGCCGCAAAUUGAAUCAAGCUUUCCCAACAUGACCAAAAAAGCUAUCACUAGCUCUAUCAAUGCAUUGCUGAAAUUGCGGCUAUUGAGUGUUGCUAAAGGCAAAGGCGGCGACGACAAACUCCAAGUCUACCAUGCCCAGACACCUGAAGAAGCCAAACAAAAGGCUACUCUGACUCAAGAGCAAGCCAUCGUCCUUUCCGUCGUGCGCUCCGCCGGCAACCGCGGUAUCGCCCAAUCUCAAAUCAACAGAACCAUCGGCACCGACACCAUGCCCGUGGCCAUCCUGCGGAAAGUGAUCAAGACGCUAGAGAGCGAGGGACAUAUCAAGCAGUUCAAGCCGGUCAAUGCGCCCACGACGGUAUACUUUAUUUUGGCGCAUUUGAAGCUGCCAGAGGAGAUUUCGGGAGGAGUUUGGUUCGACGACAAUAGAGAGUAUGAUCAGGCUUUGGUGGACACGAUCUCGGCGGUCCUGUUAGAUAGAGUCAGGAACCUGACGUAUGUGAAAGAGGAGAAACGCAGCGAAAGAGACAAAGCGCUUGUCUCCAACGCUCUCAGCCUCAACGCCAAAGCCCAUGCCUACCUCACUCCCGAAGCCCUGCGGCAGUACGUCAACAAAUCGGGCAUCACAUCUGCCACCCUUUCCGUCAAGAAUGUCAUGGAGUGCAUGCGUGCGUUAGAGUUGGACGGUUUGGUGGAGGCGAUCAAGCCCAUUGGCGGCAUCAGCGUUGCGAUGGAGUCGGAUGAUGAGCGGGAUAGCCGUCGGGAAAGCAAACGGAGAAAGAUGGAUAGCGACGACGACGAUGAUGAAGAGAGGGAUAAGGAGAGAGAAAAGGCCAAGAUGAAGGCCAAAGAAAAAGCCAAGCUGAAGAAGCGCAAGGAGAAGGAGAAGGAGAAGGAGAAAAAGAGGAAGGAGAAAGAAAAGGAGAAGGAGAAGCGGAGAAAGGAAAAGGAGAAGGAAAAGAAGCGGAAGGAGAAGGAAAGAGAGAAGAAGAAGAAGAGCAAGGAGUCGUUCGACUCUGAUUCGGACGACGCGCUCGUAUCUGUCACUGACGGCAAGAAGAAGCGGUCUCGCUCCUUAUCGGUGUCAUCUGCCUCAUCAUCUUCAUCCUCAUCCUCAUCCUCGUCUUCGUCCUCGUCGGACUCGGACUCCUCCAUCGCCUCAUCCCAACUAGACACCGCCAUCAUCCCCAUCAAACCUUCCGCCACAGUAGCCCAAACCACCACCCCCGCUCAAAUCUUCCCCGGCGGCCUUUCCGGAGGCCUGACAGAUCUGUCAGAUACAGCCGUCAUGUACCGCGCCACAUCCCGAAUCUCCAUCCCCCUAGGCCAGACCCAGGCGACGUGCGGCAAGUGCCCCGUAUUCCAUUUCUGCGAAGAAGGCGGACCUGUGGAAGCCGGGGGCUGCGAGUACUUUUACGAGUGGUUGAAUGAUACGGCUGGUGGAUGGGAUGGGGAGGCGUUGAAGGUUAUGCGGCCAGAGCUGGUGGAAGAAGAGAAUAGGGCGGAGAAUGGGACGAACGGGGUGGAGCAUCUGGAUGGAGAGGGGGAUGUGGAGAUGGCGUAG